AUGUAUAGGCGCACGAUGUCUGCUCUGUCAUAUUUUGCAACAGCCGACAAUCGUUGCUUUCCCACGAACGAAGGCGUUGAUCCCUUUUUGUGAGCUAACGUGGACGUGAUGGUGCUCCUGUGCGGCAUGUCCGACGAUCCGCCUCGCAACCAUGGGUGCCAUGGUCGGCAGGUGAACAUGGCUGCAUCAAGUGUCGAAGGACCUCUGAGUAAAUGGACAAACGUCAUGAAAGGCUGGCAGUACCGCUGGUUUGUGCUAGACGAUAAUGCGGGACUGUUGUCCUACUACACCUCUAAAGAAAACAUGGCCAGGGGAGCCCGGCGUGGCUGCGUGCGGCUCCAGGGGGCAGUAAUAGGAAUCGACGAUGAAGACGACAGCACCUUCACGAUUCGCGUGGACCGCAAGAUCUUUCACUUCCAAGCGCGCGACGCAGAGGAGCGAGAGCGAUGGGUGCGUGCGCUGGAGGAUACGAUCCUGAGGCAUACGUUACAGCGGCAACCGAACACACGUCUGUGGGAUCAGACAGGCAUUGUGGCCCCGACACAGCACAACUUUGACACCAAGCUCACCGAAGCAGACUCUUACCUGCAGCUUCUCAUCGAGCAAAUCAGGGACUUGGAGUACAGCAUCGACAAGGUCGCUGAUCCGCGCGAGAAGCAGCAGCUGUCCGGAAUCGGGAGCAAUGCCAACGCACUUUUGGAAACGGUCAAGCACACUAUUGUGCUGUUGCAGAUUGCCAAGAACACUGCUCAACCUGUGAAUGGGGUCUAUCCUCAGCGUAGAGGAACUGAAGAACGGCCUGCCCCGUUAAGAACUCGAGAUGAGGCUGCCACAACAGUGGGCAUCCAAGCCCAUGAAGUUCCCCGGGCCCUGAGUGCCACAGACCACGAGAGUGGUCCCCCAGACUCCAAAGUGCCACCUGUGUCUUACUCGAGCGACGACGAGGACGAGGAAUUCUUCUUUGACACCCAGGAGGAGACGGAACACGUGCCGCCAGUACCCCACCCUAUGCCUCAGCCACUUGCUGAGGCUCGCACCACUGAUCCCACAAGUGACAAGUCCAGUACAGACGUUAUGAGCCUAGCCUCUAGCUCACAAGCAGCUGCAUCUGUCUACUCAGUCUACGAUGCUGCCUAUGAAGAUGAUGCUGAAGAUGAAUUGGGCUCCCUGGAGGGCCAGAAGAGUGUCUUCUCGCACCUGCUGUCCCAAGUUCGCAUUGGCAUGGACCUCACAAAAGUCACACUGCCAACUUUCAUCUUAGAGCGGCGGUCGCUAUUAGAAAUGUAUGCCGACUUCUUUGCUCAUCCAGACAUCUUUGUCAGCAUAGUGGACCGUGACGACCCCAAGGAGCGAAUGGUCGAGGUGGUGCGGUGGUACCUGUCUGCCUUUCAUGCCGGCCGCAAGAGCUCCGUUGCCAAGAAGCCCUACAACCCAAUCCUAGGGGAGGUCUUUCGCUGCUACUGGAGGGUCGGGGACAAACCCGGGGGUCUUGUCAAAGAUGGUCCUGUGCCUUGGGCCACCACUAAUGAUUUAACCUUCAUUGCGGAACAAGUCUCUCAUCACCCCCCGGUGUCUGCCUUCUACGCUGAACAUGCAGCCAAGGGCAUAGCAUGUUGUGCUCACAUCUGGACCAAGUCCAAGUACCUGGGCAUGAGCAUUGGUGUGCACAACGUGGGCCAGGGCUGCAUCAUGUUCCUACGGCAUGACGAGGAGUAUGUGGUGAGCUUCCCCAGCGGAUAUGGUCGCUCCAUCUUCACCGUGCCCUGGAUCGAGCUGGGUGGCACAGUUGAGAUCACUUGCCAGAAGACAGGCUACAAUGCUGUCAUCCAUUUUCACACCAAGCCCAUGAUUGGUGGCAAGAAGCAUCAGCUCACAGCAGAGGUGUUCCCUCCCAAUGAGCGGAGGCCAUUCAUGACUGUAACCGGUGAAUGGAACGGCGUCAUGACGGCCAAAUACCCAAAUGGCGAUCAAUCUGUGUUUGUGGAUACAACCGCUUUGGCAACCACAAAGAAAAUAGUGCAACCAAUUCAGCAGCAAGAGUCCUACGAGUCGCGCAGGUUAUGGAAGGAAGUGACUCUAGCCCUGAAAAACAAGGAUGUCAACAAGGCAACAAGCAGCAAGACGUUUCUUGAGGAGCAGCAGCGCAGGGAAGCCAGCGAACGACUGCAGACUGGCCAGUCUUGGAAGACAAGGGUAUUCCACAUGGAAGGAGAGCACUGGGCUUAUGACCACUCACUUCAGAAGCGAAUGGGAAAGAAGAACUGAAGACUACUGUCAUCUCUGCCGUCCGUGCGUUGCCAUGGCAUGCCACCUCGCCGAGAUGCCACAGUUGGCGAGAGCCAGGCAGACUACUACUCCCAACUACCAUUCGUCUGGCAUGGUACUUGCUGCCACCAGCCUUUCACUAUGCAUUCCAGCCGGAGUGCCUCUCACUCAGGACUUGUGAGGUGCAAGCACUUAGCCCAGGCCAUGAGUUUUCUUCCCCAGCUUGGCACCCCCCACAUGGACGACACUGGGACCCGAGCACAGACCAGCCCGGCCGCUAUAGUCGCAAGAAUAUGGGGACUUUCCACGUUCGACUCGAAAUGUACUCUGCUAGUCGCGGGCCUGCAAUAGAGGGCCAUCAUGUGCUACCGACAUAUAUGCAGUGCUCACCGAAGCUGGAACAGUGAUUAGGGGCUCAACGGGUGAGGAAGGGCAAUUAAAGCCCUCCAUGUCGAGCAAUAAAAGCGUGGUCUUCUUCUUAAGGCCACGCCCUCCAAUCAUCUCGUAAAA